AUGGCGGAGUCUUUACAGGAUGCUAUUCGUUUGAUGUCGCUGAAGGAUGAUGACCCAAUCGAUCUUCCGGAUAACCCUUGUUUCCAAGUGUUUGAGCAAAACGCCUUGAGCAUUCUUGGUCGUUUGCUGAAUCCAUCUUGCCAGCCCAUGGCAGAGAUGAUUGAGACUAUGCCGAAGAUCUGGCGUGUCUAUGAUAGAGUGAGAGGGAUUGCACUCUCAUCGGAGAAGUUCCAGUUUGUCUUUAAGAGAGAGGAUGAUAUGGAAACGGUGUUAAAGGAUAGACCUUGGUCUUUCAACUAUUGGACCAUGCUGAUAGAUAGGUGGAUUCCUUCCCCGCCGAAGAAUUUUCUGUCGACUGUUGAUGUGUGGGUGAGGAUUCAUCACAUUCCAAUGAACUACUAUACGCUGGACACAAUGGAUUUCUUGGCAAGAAAGAUUGGAAAAGUUAUUGAGAUUGCUUACGAUCCAAAAGUUUCUCAGAAGGACGCUUUCAUCCGAGCUCAGGUGAGGCUUGAUAUUGCGAACCCAGCAACAGCAAGACGUGUUCUUAAUAUACCGUCUGGAGGUCAAGUAAUGAUUGAGUUUGAAUAUGAAAAACUCCGGAAGAGGUGUUUCCAUUGCUUACGUUUAACACAUGAAAGGCCUGACUGCCCCAUGCUUCGCAUUAAGUCCCCUCGAGCUGAAGCAUCUGUAAAUUCUUCCAAGGAGAAAGUAGUUAAUACUGUCAUUGCCCGUGGACAGCAGGAACUCGGUGUGUGCCUGUCAUGUCCCCGAUUCUGGAUAGGAUCGUCCGGACGGACUGAGGUGUGUGGAAAUGCACCAGUAUGGUCAUAUGGCCCAAAGACAAGCGUGUCAUAG